AUGUCAAACCAAACAAAGGGACGCUCAGGAGGCGUUCUGCCUGUAAAUGCAGCGACUAGAAAGAAUGCAACCCCACAGUCCGGGUCCAAAUCUACAGCAAGAACUCCAGCUCCAAGACUGAGACUCGUGAUUCGACGAUUGCCGCCUGGCCUGACCGAGAACGAGUUCUGGGCGGUGCUAGGUGAUGAGUGGAAAGUCGGCGCUGGCAAGACAGAAUGGGCAGCCUUCAAGAAUGGAAAGAUUUCCAAAGACAUCGCUAAGCCAUCUCGACCGGCGAGAGCAUAUAUCAAAGUGAAGGAACAGUCCUUGCUGGAUGUUCUGUCUGCAGCGGUCAAGGAAGCGUCAUUUCAGGAUGCCAAAAACACCAGCAGGGACCCGUGCCUGCUAGGACCUCCUUCUCUGGAGUUUGCACCCUACAAUAAAACGCCCAGUGGCCGUGUCCGAAAUGAUGGAAGACAAGGCACCAUUGACCAAGACCAAGAAUUCAUCGAUUUCCUGCAAAGCCUGACCGAACCCAUCACCAAGGCUGCUUCAAACGGAGUGGAUGCUACCGAUGCUAAGUCGGAAAAGGUCUCCAUCACGCCCUUGGUCCAGUAUAUCAAGGAGAAGAAGGCGAACAAGGCUAAGGAGUCCUCUCAAGCGAAGGCAGCAAAGGCUCGUGAAAGUAAAGAAGCAAAGCCAACGAAGUCGGAGACUCGUCCGACCGUUGUCGUCAAGGGUAAGAAUCCCACGACAGUAGAGAAAGAAAAGGAGAAGGAUAAAGAGAAGGAUAAGGAGAAAGAGAAAGAGCGAGUAGCCAAGGCGACCCAAGAUGCUGUCAAGGCCAUCAACAAGUCGGUUGCUGCGAUGCCUGGGAAGCAGACCCCAGCGAAAGGCGAAGCAAAGCAGUCUAAGAAGGAGACAAUGGCGUCUCAACCAGCAGUGGCACCAGCGUCAACACCAGCCAAGCGAGAACGGGAGCGAGGUAACGCAAGCGCUGCUGCUCGCAUGCUUCAGCGUGAUCUAGGCUUGGUCGCAAAAGAAAGCAAGUCACAGCGGACCCCGAAAACCUCGACUUCGACUACUACUGCAGCAGAGGCUGCGACCGGUUCAUCCACGAAACCAGUAGCUGCUCCUUCGAAUAAGACCUCAGGGACUCUAGAGCAGCAGAAAACCACUACAAAGCCAUCUACACCAACGACAACAGCUCCGCCCACCGGACCACGAGCCUCUCGCACUGCCAGCACCGCAUCAGCCAAGCCUGCUGCAACCUCGUCUCAGCGCUCUACCAAGGCCGGUCCCCAACCAUCGGCCGGCGCGAAAUCUGCAUUCCUCAAACACGCAAAUUCCUCGCAGGGGAUCACGGAGGAGGCCUUGCGCACUGUCUUUAAAGAAUUCGGCACUAUAUCUCGCUGCGAGAUCGACAAGAAGAAAGGUCUGGGGUACAUUGACUUCAGCGAAGCCGAUGCGCUCAAAAAGGCAAUGGUGGCUAGCCCGGUCAAAGUUGCGAAUGGUCAGGUUGUCGUGCUGGAGAACAAACCACAGCAUGGGAAGCGGGGAGGUCAGGGAUCUCAGACUCAAACUGGCUCGGGAACGACCAAAGCAGUGGCGAGUACAACCGGCCCAAAUCAGGCAUCAGCUCCUUCACCGGCCCCGGCGGCUGUGGUAUCAGCAGCUGCUGGCUCGAGGACGAGCUCGCCCAAAGUCGGUACAGCACCCGGAUUGACUCCAACGACCGCAAAUUCCAAUUCUGCACCAGGAUCAACACCAACCACGCCAACCACGACUGCUCCGGCGGCUGCAGGUAGCACACCACCUGUUACGCCGCGAGAUUCUUCGCGAGGAGGCGCAUCUGGAGGUGGAGCUGGAGGCCGGGGCGGACGAGGUAAUGCUCGAGGGCCAAGCCAAGGAUCGAAACAAGGACAGCGCGGUGGGAAGAGUGGUGGUGGAAGACGGGCUGGCGGCGCUGCUUCAGCUUCAUCUUCGACACCCAAUGCUGCGAGCGGGAGUGCGGAUGCAACUGCGGCUUCUAAGGCUCCUGCGAAGGUCGAGCCGAAGAAAGAUUGA